CCAAGCAGAAGCAGAGGUUUGUGGACAGCGAGCUGGAGAGAGGAGAUAGUGUGUUUCUCCAUGACAUUUACAUUUCCCUUAGUGUCUGAGAAGUAAACCAAGCAAAAACUGUAAGUUCGAGGGCGUAAACUCGCUUAUCUUCAACGGCCACCAUGCUGGAGGACAAGAAGACCAAGGUGAAGAUCACCUUCCUGGUUAUUCUGGUGGGCAUCUCGUCCAUGUUGGCGGCCGUGGUGACGGACCACUGGGCGGUGCUGAGUCCCAGGGUGGAGCGUCUGAACACCACCUGUGAAGCGGCCCACUUUGGGCUCUGGAGGCUUUGUAAAAAGAGCAUCUUUAUUGUGGAGGAAGACCCUGAGGGCAAGGGCUGUGGUCCUAUCAGCCUGCCAGGAGUCAAGAACUGCUCCUACUUCAAACACUUCACAUCAGGGGAGGAGGCCGAAGUUUUUGAAGUAAAGACUCAGAAAGAGUACAACAUCUCUGCUGCUGCGAUAGCCAUCUUCAGUCUGGCCUUCAUGACACUGGGCAGUCUCUGUCUCCUGGCGGCUUUUGGGAAGAGCAGAGAUUACCUGCUGAGACCAGCUGGCAUGUUCUUUGCUUUUGCAGGCCUGUGUAUCGUCAUCUCCGUAGAGGUCAUGAGGCAGUCGGUCAAACGCAUGAUUGACAGCGACGAGACUAUAUGGAUCGAGUACUACUACUCGUGGUCGUUCGCCUGCGCAUGCGCAGCCUUCACGCUCCUCUUCAUCAGCGGUAUCUGCCUGCUCAUCAUCUCCAUGCCGCACAUGCCCAGAAACCCCUGGGAAACCUGCAUGGAUGCGGAGCCGGAGCCCAUAGACUAAUAUAAGGUUAAGAGGAGGGUAAGAGCCAGAUGUUUGAAUGGCAAUGGAUGCACUGAUACUUUUAAUUCACUUAAGCAUUGACAAAGACGUCUAAUUACUUAACUUAUAUGAAGUAUCAAUAAUAUUAAUUUUGUAUGUUUUAAAACAUUUUUAUGUGCAUGUGUGCUUAUAAACAAUAGAUGACAGCUUAGAAUGUACACUGAGACUUUAUUAAAUGUAAAAUUUACAAUCAUUUCUGAAAUAAUACUUUGAUAAUUGUAUGGGGAAAAUCUCAUGUCACAUCUACAAAGUGGCAAUUUUAACAUGUUAUAAUAAAUUAUCUAUAUGUUAUUUUGAGCUAAAACUUCACAUGUGUACUCUGGGGACACCAAAGAUUUAUUUUACCUCUUUAAAAAAGUCCCCUUUUAACAUUUCGGUAACGCUUUACAAUAAUAUUGCUAAAUGCAUUAGCUAACCUGAACUAACAAUGAGCAAUAGAGCUUUUCAGCAUUUACUAAUAUUUGGUAAUGCCAAGACAUUUAUUCAUUUUAAUCAAUGGUGCAUUAACUAAUGUUAACAGUAAAAACUUUUUAUUUUGAAAAUAACAGCAAAUAUGGACUAACAUGAUGUGAAACAAUAACAAUACGAUAGUACCGGUUCAUACUUAUAAGGUUUUUAAGCUGUGCUGUAUUCUUUUAUGCAAGUCACAUAAAGAUUUAAUGUCUUAGUGAACCUAUGAUUUACGAUGUUUGAUGAAUGCAAGUUUUUUUCUAUAGGAAACAGAGCUCAUUUUAAUAAUCAAUACUUCAUAUGCAUUACAUCAUAGCCCAACAAAUCCAGGAUUUGUUAGCAACUGGCAUUUAUUAACUAGUGGAAGGGACAUUGUCAUACUGUAUUGCAGAAAAUAUAUACAACCCUGCAAAAAAUGAUGUCAGGUUCAUUUACUAGAGAGAAUGUAAAUGCACAUGUCUGCUAAUAGUCUAUUUGAUAAGUUUAAGGACUAUAAUGGAAAUUGUUCAGCCAGUUUAGAUUUCAUGAGGAUUCAUAUUCAAUAUUUAUGAUAUUGAUACAAUUUUAAUGCUUUUAUUUUGUAUUGUUACAUGCAACAUUAUCCAACAAUUUGAGUUUUUCAGUAGGCCAAAACAAGACAAUCAGAAAGUUUGAUAGAUAAGAGGUCACUAUUCAAACUAUUUAAGGGUUCAGUGUUGUUGUGUUCUGUAUAGAUG